AUGACGUGUCGUGCUAUUUGCGGGUUCGCACGGUUGGGAGCCCCACUGCACCAGUUGCAUGUUUGCCAGGGUUUCACUCUUUCUGCCCCAUGGGGGUGUCCGCAGCACAGGUUGAGGCUUCGACAAGGCCUCGGUGCCUUCAAGGAGGAGCGCUGCCGUCCGCCUAAAGAGAUCAUCUCCUGGGAUUGGGGGCUGGAGUCCCCGGCGGGGACCCGUGUUUGCGCAUCGCGAGGAGUCCCUACACCUGUGGCUGGGGUUCCAUACGGGGUCUCCGCCUGGACUUUGAGGACGCCCUACACCUUGCUGCAACGGCGGUUUGUGGCGCGUGUCAAAGUACACCGGUUUGCAGGAGUAGUGCCUCUUAAAGUCCGCUCACCAAAGUCUGAGUGGUAUAUCCAGGCUGAGAAGGAGUUUCUGAGCGAAAGAGACCAAGUUCCGGAAGGUUACAUCGAGCGGUGGCGGGAGGAGGACUUAGCAAGUCUCAAUGCAGGAUUAAGGAAUUGUCUUUCUCUGCGUUGCGCUUCAAAUAAACAACUGCACCAAUGGAGGAAGCUGCAGUUGUGCAGACAGCUGCAGCGCCGGCCUUUCGAUACCGGCAGCAGUGCCGUACAGAUUGCAUGCCUUACGGAAAAGAUCCUCAACGCUAGGCAGCAUUUGCUGCGUCACCGGCGGGACCACUCUAAAAAGCGGAUUCUUUCCAUUUGGUUGGGACGGAGGCAGCGGGUCAUGAAGUACCUCUACAGGACAGACUUCGACCUGUAUAAACUCACUUGCAGCCUUCUCCGCAUAAAAUGCGUGCACUUCGCCAUACCGGACUCUAGGGACAGACAGCGGGCCAUAAGCCCAGUGGCCGUCGACGGAGACCGGUGCAAGUUCUUAAUUCGACAGCGUCUGUGGAAGGGUGGGCGGGGCCGUUCCAUGAGUGGGGUUUUGGGGAACAAAGGAGCUGUGGUGCCUCGGGCAGCUUUUCGACCCGUAGAGGUUUACGAGGGUUGUGGCGGGCGCGUGCCCCACGAGACCAAGCCACGAAUCAGCCGGGCCUGGCCGUACGGCGUCAAGGAGGAGCGACUCAAGGGGGAGUAUACAGUCCCUAACCCAACUGCAGCAGGCAUUGGGUACUGCCCUGUGCCGCUCUUCUUUUGA